UGUUUUGGUAUGUGCUAAUUUAACUUUUUUUAAGUGCUAGGAUCUGUUCUUACGGUUUGUACGAUAAAUAUGGUUUGUACCGGAACCAACCCCUACAAAUACAUUUUAAUCAUAAAAUCUUAAGUCACUUUCUCUUUUUAAAUUAUAGCUAUGACAUAAAAAUACCCAUCCAAUUUAAUUCACGACAUAAAACAUGCUGUAAAAAAUAAAAUAUAAUACAAUUGGAUUAAACGGGUCAAACCAUCCAGGUUGACCGAACCCGACCCAUUUAGCUAAACGGGCUCACGGGUUCAACUCGAAACUGACCCGAACCCAUUUAGACUAAACCCAAACCUGCAAAUUUCGUGUUAGGUUCGUGUCGUGUUAGAAAUUCACACCCCUAAUUUUGACCGGAAGUAAACAUGACUGAAUCCAGCAUCAUCAUCAACAAAAAAAAUAUGAUUGAGGGGGAUGUGGGUUUAACAUGCCAAAAUGAUUAUAUCAGCCUAUCAGGUAGUUCAACAUAACUGAAAUAUAUGAGACUACUGUCUUCCAUCUGUAUUUCUCAUUAUACUGUAAUAUUGUAUGCAUAAUGUGUCAGUUUUUCAUGUUUUUUUGGAUCACUCCAGCUAUUUUAGCUCUCAAACUGCACAUGGGAAUUAUUGUACAUGUUUGACUACCUCACACCUUUGUAGUACAAGCAAUUGGAGUGACAGCUAAUAUUAACAGGUUAGUUUACAAGAAAGCAUUAUAUUAACAACUAUAUGAAGACAUUAAUGGCGACGAAAAGGCGAAAAGGGUCGCUUUAAUCUCAUUGUAGUUGAACCUUUUUUAAGUAUCAUUGAUUGUUAAAGUUUAAUGGCCUUUAAUCUCUGCAUUGACCGUAAUGAAGGGAGUUUCUGUCUCCUAUGCCUGUUUUUAUAAUCAAAGGUGAUGGUUGUUUAAAGUAACUUAUGCCUUGUUAAAGGGGUCUUGCUUUGUGGUCAAGUUUCGUCUUGUUUCUUGCUCGUAAAGUAAGUUUCGAUAUACAUCCGAACACCAUCUUUUUCGAUGAAAAUUUGUUACAGCCGAUUAUCUGAUACGAAUUAUUCCAACAGGCCUCUUCAUUGACUAUGCAAAACAUCCAACCUGUAAGUCAACUCUUCUAAACUGAUUGCGGCUUUCUUAUGUUUGCACUUACAUCUAGACGCUUAUCCCUGCAAAAAUAGCAACUUUCGAAUAUUAAAUUUGCAUAUGGUUAUUAAUAUAAUACAAAUGUUGUCUCCUACAAACAGGUUUAUAAGCAUUAUGCAUAUUAACACUUUAUUCAUCUUCCAUCAUGCCUGCUGCAUCCCAAAUUUCGAAACAACUUCCUGUUUUCGAUUUAUCGAAACCGAUAAGCCCGUCUUCUCUUACGUCUCUUUCUCUCGCCUGCAAAGAAUGGGGAUUUUUUCAUAUCAUUAACCAUGGAAUCUCUAAAGAUCUUCACAGCAAACUUCGUUCGUUAUCGUGUCAGCUUUUUAGUCUUCCCGAUGAACUCAAACUCAAAGCGGGCCCCUUCUCAAAAACGAAAACUUACACGCCUCAUUUCAUUGCUUCCCCCUUUUUCGAAUCUCUUCGAGUUUCUGGACCGGAUUUCCAUGCUUCUGCUCGGAGCUCCGCUGAAGCCCUUUUCAACCAGCCGAAUUCAGAAUUCUGCGAGGCCGUAAGAGAAUAUGGAGAUAAAAUGAGGAUAUUAUCCAAGAAAAUCACCCAAAUUUUACUAAUGUGUUUGGGGAAAGAUUUCGAUGCGCGAUUCAAAUCUGAAUUUUCAAACUGCGAAGGGUAUUUACGGAUAAAUAACUACUCAUUGCCUGAAAAACGGGUAAUGGGAAAAGACGUUGAAGGGCUGGGCAUGCACACGGAUAUGAGUUGUUUAACCAUAGUUUACCAGGAUGAUAUCGGCGGGUUGCAAGUGAGAUCUAAAGAGGGAAAGUGGUUAAACAUCGACCCGUUUGAAGGAUCAUUGGUUGUGAAUAUUGGAGAUUUGUUACAUGCUUGGAGCAAUGGAAAACUAAGGUCAUCCGAGCAUCGGGUUAUGUUAAAGGAACGUAGAAGCCAAAACCGAAGCCGGGUUUCACUUGCGUUCUUUUGGUGCUUUGAGGACAAUAAGGUUGUUUUUGCACCUAAUGAAGUUGUGGGUGAUGGUUUUAGAUGUUAUAAACCGUUUUUGUGUAGUGAGUAUUUGAAGUUUAGAGAGACUAGUGAGAGGGGGAAGUUUGAGAAAGUUGGAUUCACUGUGAAAGAUUUUGCUGGCAUUUGAAGAUGAGUUGGGUUUUUUUUU